AAUGCCGCUCCUCUAAUCGUAGAUGUUGUUUCCUUCUUGCUGGUUAGGAAGGAAAGAAAAAGAAGGAAAUGAACAAAGCAGUGUCCUCUUCGAAUGCUGUGCAGUGAGGGUGACUGAUUAGCCACUUCCCCUCCAUCCCUGUUUUUUGCUUCCUGGAAUCUUCUCAGCAUGAACCCCCAAGGACCCAAGUUUCAAGAAAUGGACCAUGUGCUAGUUCAAGCAGUGUGCUUCCUGGUCUUGCUGCCAGGUUGGGCCUAUGGCCUCGGCUCCAUGUCAUCCAUUGCGGUGUCUUAUGGGGAGGAUGGCCCAGUUUUCUGCGGCCUGAGCUCCGACGGCUCCCACGUGGUCACCUGCUUUGGUGCGGAUGCCUCCAUUCUGUAUGGCGCUCCGCCGAGGAUCCCACUCCUCGGCCUCACGGCGGGGGAUGGGUUUGUGUGUGGUCUCUUGCUUGAUACCAGGCAGCCUUAUUGCUGGGGGAGCAACUCCUAUGUCAAGAGCGGGGUGCCACAGCCGAUGAUCGAGGAUGCAAAGUACUCUGAGCUCAGUGCAGGAGACAACCACCUUUGCGCACUGCGAUCAGCUGGAGAUGGGAUUCAUGGUGCUCAUGCUGGCACAUCAGUGAUCGAUUGCUGGGGAUACAACAUGACUGCUACACAUGUUGUGACUGAAGCCGUCUCGGCCAUCUCAGCCGGUUCGGUGUUCAAUUGCGGCUUGUUUUCGCGGAACAGGACGGUGUUCUGCUGGGGUGAUGAAACAGUGAGCGGUGUCGUCGGGCUGGCGCCAAGGAAUGUGCGGUUCCAGUCUAUAGGAGCAGGUGGUUACCAUGUCUGUGGGGUGUUGGAGAAUGCACAGGUGUUCUGCUGGGGCAGGAGCUUGGAAAUGCAGCAGGUGGCUCCGUCCAGUGCUAUCGGUGAUGGUGAUGUGAACAUAGUGCCAAUGGAUGCGAUGGUCUCUGUGGUCGGUGGGCGGUUCCAUGCUUGUGGCAUCCGGAGUCUUGAUCACCAAGUAGCUUGCUGGGGUUUCACACUUCAUAACAGUACGUUGCCACCAAAAGGGCUGAAGAUGUAUGCACUUGUGGCUGGAGACUACUUUACAUGUGGAGUGCCUGCUGAGACAUCGCUGAUGCCAAGGUGCUGGGGCAACAAUGGCCCUUUGGCACUACCAAUGGCGGUACCCCCUGGGAUUUGUGUACCGACUGCAUGCAGCCAUGGGUACUACGAGUCUGCGAACCAUGGCGAGGUUGGCAGCAGCAAGGUUUGUAAGCCUGCAAAUUCUAGACUCUGCAUGCCCUGUAGUGCAGGUUGCCCACAAGAUUCAUAUGAGUCAUUGCCCUGCAAUGCCACGGCUGACCGUGUUUGCCAGUACGAUUGCUCAAGGUGUGCCACAAAUGAGUGCAUGUCAUUCUGCUUAUCCCAGAAACAAAACAAGAACCGCAAGUUGGUGACUUUUCAGAUGCGUAUCUUCGUGGCAGAGAUUGUGUUUGCCAUCAGUCUGGUGCUGAGCGUGACUGGAAUCGCUUGCCUGUAUGUCCGGCACAAGCUUCGACAUUGCCAGUGUUCAAAUAGCGAGCUGAGACUGGCAAAGAGCACAGCAUAUUCCUUCCGGAAGGAUAACAUAAAGAUCCAGCCUGAUGUGGAGGAUCUGAAGAUCAGGAGAGCUCAGGAAUUCUCCUACGAAGAGUUAGAGCAAGCAACCAUCGGCUUCUCAGAGGAUUCACAAGUUGGCAAAGGCAGCUUUUCAUGUGUGUUCAAGGGCAUCUUGAGAGAUGGGGCAGUGGUUGCUGUGAAGCGUGCAAUAAAAGCUUCAGAUUUGAAGAAGAGCUCAAAGGAGUUCCACAACGAACUUGACCUCCUCUCCAGGCUCAACCAUGCACAUUUGCUCAACCUGCUUGGUUACUGCGAGGAUGGCAGUGAGAGGCUCUUGGUUUAUGAGUUCAUGGCUCAUGGAUCCCUGUACCAGCAUCUUCAUGGCAAGGAUCCAAACUUGAAAAAGCUACUGAAUUGGGCCAGGCGGGUAACCAUUGCUGUCCAGGCUGCUAGGGGAAUCGAGUACUUGCAUGGCUAUGCUUGCCCUCCUGUAAUUCACCGAGACAUCAAGUCGUCAAACAUACUGAUCGAUGAGGAUCACAAUGCGCGUGUCGCAGACUUUGGUCUAUCUAUAUUGGGUCCUGCUGAUAGUGGCACCCCUCUGUCCGAGCUGCCAGCAGGGACACUUGGCUACCUCGAUCCCGAGUACUACCGUCUUCAUUACUUGACUACAAAGUCCGAUGUCUACAGUUUUGGAGUUGUUCUCCUGGAGAUCCUAAGUGGCAGGAAAGCGAUUGACAUGCAGUUCGAGGAAGGGAAUAUUGUUGAAUGGGCAGUCCCACUGAUCAAAGCCGGCGACAUUUUUUCAAUCCUUGAUCCAGUCUUAUCUCCUCCCUCAGACCUUGAUGCUCUCAAGAAGAUUGCUUCUGUGGCAUGUAAGUGUGUCAGAAUGCGAGGGAAAGAUCGACCUUCCAUGGAUAAGGUGACAACAGCUCUAGAGCAUGCCCUUGCUUUGCUGAUGGGCAGUCCAUGCAUCGAGCAGCUCAUUCUGCCGACUGAGGUUGUUCUUGGAAGUAGCCGGAUGCACAAGGUAUCACAGAUGUCCUCUAACCACUCUUGCUCAGAGACCGAGCUUGCCGAUGGGGAGGACCAGCGGAUUGAGUACAGGGCGCCAUCUUGGAUAACAUUCCCUAGCGUGACCUCAUCGCAGAGGAGGAAAUCAUCCGCAUCAGAAGCUGACAUCGCUGGCCGAGCGACCACAGAUGGUAGGAAUGUCGGGAGUAGCAUAGGUGACGGAUUGCGGUCACUGGAGGAAGAGAUCGGGCCGGCCUCACCUCAGGAGAACCUGUACUUGCAGCACAACUUCUGAAGAAAGGUCGGAUUGCCAUUUCCGAGCAGCAUUUUAAGUUCUCUCGUUAAGUUCAGACUUCGUGAUCUGUUGCUAUAUGGAAAUGCAUUGCAGUGUUUAUACAUCCUUUAGUAGCAGGCCCUUUAGAGAGAGUACUGGAAGAAAUUUCAGCAUCCGGGGGCAUUUCUUUGUAGAUUGAUUUGGUCUCUUCCUUUUCUUUCCUUUUUUUCUGAUGCUAUUUAUCUGCUGAUGGUGGCGGCUAAUGGAUCAUCUUCUAUUGUCAGCUUACAGAGUUGUGUAGUUUUCCUUAAUCCUGCGAAAAAUCUCUUCGGUUUGCGACGCUGUUCUCGCAGCAAUUUGCAGUGCUAGAUCCAUGUAGUUUUGGGUA